GUGUAUGUGUAAGGUGGUAAGCUAUGGUAAAAUGACUUGACAUUAACUAGAAAGUACCUUAUUUUGCCUGGUUCGGAGGGCUUUGCUGCAUGAUCUUUGAAAGGUGCAUUGAGGUCUGUUUGGAAGAUAGGGUGAUAUCGCAAGAUGUUGGAAGACAGGGACCUAUCGAUGUCCCGACAGCUUCUGAAUUCAUCUGAUGCCAACCAGGUGAUUGUCAGAAGGCCGGUCUACUCCCAGGUAAAAUUCGAUGAGGGUUAUGAGAGCCGAUCACGAUCUGGAAAUAAAACAUCCAUCAAGGACAAAAUCAAAGGGCUGUGUAGCUGUCGAUGCUCUGCGCAAUGCUGUAAAAACGUCCUGAAGAGAAACUUUCCAUUUAUACACCUGUUAAAGGGUUACAGCAUUAAAGAUGACUUACCUAAUGAUAUCAUGUCUGGACUGACGGUUGGGAUCAUGCAUAUACCACAAGGAAUGGCUUAUGGAUUAUUGGCAGCGCUCCCUCCUGUAUAUGGGCUGUAUGUGUCCUUUUUUCCAGUGUUCAUGUAUUUUCUCUUUGGAACCUCUAAACAUAUAUCAAUAGGUACAUUUGCAGUUGUAAGUCUGAUGGUGGGUGCUGUGGCUGAGAAAGGAUUUGCCAAAUACGGAUCUCCUGUAACAAACUUGACGAUGACUCCCGACAGCAAUGGUACAGAGACAUUAAGUAACCAUGGAACAGCCGACCCUAUCAAAUUGGGCUUUGCUACCAUGGUGACGUUUUGCGCAGGCUCUAUGCAGUUGCUGAUGGGGGUUUGCAAACUGGGCUUUGUUACCACGUACUUAUCCGACCCUCUUGUGCGUGGAUUCACCACAGCCGCAGCGUGUCAUGUUUUUACCAGUCAGAUUACUCAUGUGUUUGGGAACUAUGGCAAUGAAGCUAGACCCAGUGGGGUUCUCAAGCUUAUCAAGAUGUAUGAAAUCUUCUUUAGACAUAUAACCAAGACAAACAUUGUUACGUUGAUUACCGCUGUUGCUUCCAUGCUUUCCCUGUACUUGGUUAAAGAAUGUAUCAAUGUACGUUUUAAGAGCAAAAUGAGGAUGCCUGUACCUAUUGAAUUAAUAGUGGUUGUAUUAGUCACAGUUAUAUCACAUUUUGCAGAGCUUCAUGAAAAUUAUGAUGUUGCCAUAGUUCAAGAGAUACCAAAGGGGGUUCCUCUACCACAGGCUCCUAAAUUUGAAUACUUGACUGAAGUCAUCACAGACAGCUUUGCAAUUGCCAUUGUGGGAUUUGCUGUGUCUGUAUCUAUGGCAAAAAUCAUUUGCAAAAAUCAUGACUAUGAAAUUGAUUCUAAUCAGGAGCUGAUAGCCUAUGGUAUGGGAAACCUUUUUGGUUCUUUCUUCAAUUGUUUUACUAGUUCGGCCUCCUUGUCUAGGAGCCUUAUCCAAGAUAAUGUUGGAGGAAAAACACAGAUUGCAGGGUUAGUUUCCUGUGGUCUGUUAUUGAUUGUCCUGGUUGCAGUUGGUCCACUCUUCAGGGCAUUACCAAAGUGUAUUUUAGCAGCUAUUGUCAUUGUCAAUCUGAAGGGGAUGUUUAAACAAGCCUUCCAACUUCCAUCUUUAUGGAGAGUGUCCAGAUUUGACUUUGCUAUUUGGGUUGUCACCUGGUCAGCGACAGUUCUCCUGGAUGUAGACAUGGGGCUGGGAGUAGGGGUUCUCUUCUCCUUUCUCACAGUGCUCUGGAGAACCCAGUUAGCCUACGCUUGUGUUUUGGGACGUGUACCGCAUACAGAUCUGUAUAGAGAUGUUAAGGUCUACAAAGCGGCACAGGAGAUUCCAGGGAUAAAAAUAUUCAGGUUUGAGUCGUCCCUCUAUUAUGCCAACAUAGAUCGCUUCAGGGAUCGCCUUUAUGAAUUGUCUAGUGUCAACCCCUCCGUCCUAAAACGGAAGAAGAAAAAAGCAUUAAACCUCAUAGAAAAAGAAGCUAAAAAACUGAAAAAAGAACAGGCAAAGAAUGGUAUAAAGAUGGAUGAGAGUCCUAAUGAUAUUACAGUGGAAAUGACAGAGGAGCAGGGGUCAGCUGAGAUCAGUGAAGACACAACUGUCCACCCGACCAUUCCACAGGCCCCAAUCUCUCACAUCAUCAUUGAUUGUUCCAGUAUGGCAUAUCUGGACACAAUGGGCAUCCAAGCUCUAUCUCAGGUCAUCAGUGAAUAUAAAAACGUUGAUGUAACAGUCUUUCUUGCUCAAUGUAAAGCGGGUGUCCGGGAGAUGAUGGAUACCACAGAGUUUUACAAGAAUGUCGACAAAGGUUGCUUGUUUCUUACUCUCCAUGAUGCAGUGCUGCAGGCUUUACAGACACGCAGAUCUUUACUUAAUGAGAUUAUUCUGGACUCUCCCAACUCCAAAUCAGGAGAUAUACAUGUGACAGAAGAUGCUGUGGAUGACAAACUUGAUUCCUCUCAGCAGAAUGGACCUAAAAAGUCUUCAGGAUAUAUAAACGAGGCGCCUGAUCAGCAAGUUGCACAUUGUAACACAGAGAUAUGAUCAGACACCAGUUGGUAUUAAGUAUACAUGGUAUUUGAUGUUUGGCAUGUCCUGAAGUGAACAUUGUGUGGUCUGUUUGCACUACUAAUACUCUGGCCUGGAUUUCACAUUUGCUCUGUAUUAACAUGUUAUUAACUUUUCAGUAGUAAUGCCACACAAAAUUGCCAUUUCUUCCAUCCACCACCACCCAAUGUAAACAAUAGAUACAUUUUAUACUAAACCCAAACCUGCCAAAAUGAGUUUUACAAUCUUACAUUAAUAAAUCCAGGAAAAAGUACUCAUUGCUCCAAAGUUUUCCCAUAUUAGCCCUUUUUUAAUUUUGAAAGAAAAUUUACCCUUGCAAAGUAACUCCUACAAUAACAAAUACAUGUACACAUGUAUACCUUUACCCUGGCUUUUGUCCUUUCAAUGUAUUUGACUGAGCCACUUUUUGAGAGCUCCAUUGGGAGCCAAGUAAUGUUGGAAUGCUGGGUUUUGUGAAAGAGUUCUGGAUUCCAUAAAAUUAUACUUUAACUUAACACUGUCUCUUGUGGAGAUUGUGAAAAGAUCAUGAAAACUGUUUGCUUAUUAUCAUAAAGUAAAUGUCAUAUUCAUCUAUAAAUUACAGACUGUAAGGUUACAAUUGUUUUCUUAAACUAAUGUCCGUGUUCACAAAUAAUCAUCAGGUUUAAACAGCCAAUGACAGUCGUGUUGCAGUAUUGCAUUAUUUAAAUUUUACUGUUACAUAAUUAUAGUUCAAACUUAUAGUUACUAACAUGCCUUUAUAGCUUAAACCUCAUGAAUUCAUAUGUUUAUAAAGAGGUGUAUUGAAGAAGCUGGGCAUAAAAAUGUUGAUACCAUGACUUGUGACACCUGCAUGUAUCAUGGAGAUUGGUAAUUUGAAUUAAAAAGAAGAAGGAAUAAUUAUUUUCUUCAAAUAAACCUGUUUCCUGAAGAAACAGUUUUUGUGCCAUGUGUAUAAAAAAAUAUUUAUAAAUUCAUUAACAAGAUGUUUUUUUUUUUGAAAUUGAUAAGAAGAAAGAUUGCGUUAUAUUAUCUAAAAUAUGAAAAGUGAAAAUGUACUGGAAUUCCUGAAGAAGUGUAUUUAAUGUGACAGAGAAAAUCACCAAUAGCUUUUCAUGGAUGUGAAAGGUUCAUGGUGAUGUGUAUUUUUUUCUUCUUCAUGGUUUGACCUGCAUUAAGAAAAUGAGAUUCUGAAAAUUAAGUACCGGUAUUGAAAACUUCAAAAUGAUGACCUCAACAGAAAGUGCAGUCAUGCAAUAUGACGUAAGGGUAUCAAAUCUAUUAGAUUUUAUGUGCAUCAAGGUAAAACAACAUGGAAGUGGUUAAAAUAAAAUCAUUUAUGAGUCUAAAAUUAGGAAUACAUGUAUUUGCAUGAUACAUGGUCAUCUUUAUGAUGACCUGGGCACAAUAUGAAGUUAUCAUUUUUAUUUUGAGGUCUUCAGCGCUUUUAUAGUUAAUCAGAUAAUCUACAUUACAUUCGAAAAACAGUGUACUAUAAAUGAACAGGCUAUGCGAUUUUCCGUUCACAUAAUACGACAUUUACACAAUGAGCUUUUGCUAGCUACAUAGAAUUGGAAACAACAAUCAGCUAUGACCCAUCACCUUAAUAAACAUGUAGGGCCCUCCGGAUGUUGUCCAUGGGAAUGAGAAAUUCAGUGGGAUAUAUCACCGAGUUAUACCUCCCUGGAUAAAAUCUCAAAAAAAAGUGUUUCCCACUGUCCUUGACGUAAAUAUUUACUGUAAAUCUUCAACCUUUUCAACCACUAAAGCACUUUUUUUCAGUGGAAUUCAUGCAUACAGUUAUUAUGAAAAUGAUGCUAAAAAUGAGUUUUUUUGUGGCAUUAAAGAUGCAAGCUUCAUAAAACCGUGCAAAUUUUUUCUCUAGACCACAUAGCUCUCUCAGAAUGUUUCAAAAUAUUGGUUGUAGAGGAGGAUGAAAAGGUUGAAGCAUUAGGGUACUUAUGAUGUCAUGUUGGACUUCCAGUACUGUCUUUUGGAGUUUUUAUGUCCUGUGUGUACAAGGCCAUACCUUAGGCAAUUCAAGUACAAGAAAAUGCUUGGACUCCCAAAAUGUUGGGCACCCAAACUAUUGCAGCUGUUUUAAAAACUAACAAUUGAAUUGAGCAAAAAUAGAAUGGUUCACCAAAGAAAAGUGUAGUUUUCGACUUUAAAGUUCUCAGAAAGCUUCUUUUUGAGUUCAAUUUGAUUAAAAUCUUUAUGCAUGGUCACGAUGUCACCUUUAUAGUUUGGGAUCAGAACAUUCAGUUUUGGUAUGGCCCUGAAGUACUUUUAUACUAAAUUCACAAGCUGGUAAACCUUCUUGCUUGAGACACAGGCAUAUGUGGGAUAUCACACUCAUAUUAAAACAUACAUGCCAUGUCAUUGCAAACCCAAGUGUCAACUGCUUUUAAGCUGGAUGGUUUACUUUUUUGAAUCUUUGCAAGGAUUGGCAUAAUUCUUUCAGUGUAACGUUAUAAUUUUCUGCAUUAUGUUUGUAAAUGUGAUUGCGUACACUGUGCCUGCGACUAAAUACAAACUUUAUCUGGUGUUUGCUGUGGUCAUUACCGGUGAUAUGCAUGGAGUCGUUUCUAUGUAGGUGUGCUGUGGGAUUGCUUGCUGCAUUUGAUGCAUGCUUAUUUACUUGUACUCUUUGUCAUUCUGAAAUUUUACAAAAUAUUGAGAUUGUCAGCGUCUCAAUGGAUAGAUGACGGAAAUCCCGCCUGUUAUAACAUUCACUGAUCUAAUGAUGAAUGAGGUGAAACAGUGGUGCUUUUUCUCCCUUGUUUUCAGCAUGGAAUGAAAUAGUGGUGCUUUUUCUCCCUUUUUUUUUCAGCGUGGAAUGAAAUGGUCAUUCUUUUUGUGAUAUAAAUUCAUUUUCAGGGUUGUAACUGCAUAUAGAUAUCUCUAUGGUAGAAAAGUAAACUGAACGAUUUUUUAAACAUUGAAUCAAAAAAAAUUUUUAAAAAUCAUUAAAAUAGUAGUGCUUAAUUGUUUGUCACCAAUGAGCAGCAAGUUUAAACCCAGUUUCAAGAAGUGAAGAUAUAUUCUUGAUAUAUUUGCAUGAAAGUCAAAUUAUGUUAAAAUGAAAAUGAUAUUGUGUGUGCUUUUGAGGAUUGAGGAUUGUGAAUUUUCAGUCUGGGAAUGAGAUGUGCACAGCCUGGGACCAUGCAUUGAUACUCUUUAAGUACUGUCCCAUGCUGAGAUUUCUUACCAUGCACAAACUUAACCGUCUGUGACAACCUUAUGAUACCUUUCAUUUUCGAAAUCACUUACCUUUAAGGUAUCUGUCUGAAAAACUUAUGUUUCAGCUCUGGAUGUAUCUAAGAUACAUCAGAUACUCCAUCAGGAUUGCAAAGUCCCAAGCUGAUAUUGCUGUUUGUGCACAGCCUGGGACCACUUUGUGAAACUCAUUGAGUAUUGUGAAGUCUCAUAUGGAGACUUUACGUGCAGAUAUAUAAGUGCACAGUGUGAGAACACUCUGUGAUACUAAUGAAGCCCCAGACAGAGCUUCCUGUCUUAUGUACAAAGUACACACAUUGAUUAGCAAUGAUUGGUCUAACAUAGUUUGAGUGUAAAAUGUCAUUAUAAUGGGUUCCAUUGAGUUAUCACAAAAUUUUCAUGUGCUUUGUUUGCAACCAGAGGCUUCAUUUUGUAUUUAUUCAUUAAAACCUAUGAUGUUGUAUGGAUUAGACAACUAAUAUCGUCAGUGUUGAAUAUUUAUUUAUUUGAUGGGUGUUUUAUGCAGUCCUCAAAAAUAUUUCACUUAUACGUUAGUCGCCAGCAUUAUGGUAGCAGGAAAGUGGGCAGAGCACAGGGUCCAUGAUCAUUCGCAGGUUAUUGCUAGACCUUCCCACGUAUAGCCAGAGAGGAAACCUGUAGGAGCUGGACUUGAACUCACAAUGACCGCAUUGGUGAGAGUCUCCAGGGUCAUUGUGCUGCGCUAGCAUGCUAACCACCAGGCCAUCUAGGCCCCAACAAUAUUCUAAGAUUUGUCUCCAAUAGUUGCACAUGUAUGUAGUUUAUUAGUUUCACUGAUCAUUAGAUUAACACACUGUAACAUGGUAAUAAACUUCAAACUCUGACUUGCUAGAAACGUUGAAGUCAGCUGUUCUUUUCUGAUUUUAUAUCAUCAUGGAGAAAGAGUUGCAGCGUUAUUAUCAAAAUGAUCUGUAAAGUUAAUAAUGUGCAUGAUAUGCUAAGAUUGAGCAUGAAGCUAAAUGUGAUGGUUAGUUACACCAGGUUUGGCAUGCUGCAUGCAUGUAUCAUGCACAUUACCUGAAUUUCACUAUUAUCUUUAUUUAUUCACUUGACUUAAUCCGUACAUUUCAAUAAAAUAAGUUUUUGGAAAUGGGUUACAUGGAAGAUUUAAGUGAUUUACAUGUAUAACAGGAACUUUUGAUCAGUAAAAUAUAGAAUUUAAAGAUUGUUUUUUGAUAUUAUGGCUUAAUGAAGGCAGAUUCUGUAGUGAACUCCAUGCAUGGUCAUAUUUUACACCUGUAACUAUGUUACUGUAAUGUUCAAGUUGGAAUCAUCUGUAAUACUCUUUAUGCAAUUUUAUAUCCUGAUAAAAGUGACCGUAAUUUUGUUAUUUCUUUUUCCUUUCAGGCCGAACUAACAGAACUUUGAAGACAAGAAAUAUCCUACUACAGAUAUAUUUCUGAGGAGAGCUACAUAUAUGUGGUGACAUACAUGUAUUUCAUACCUCAAUGUACUAUGUCAUUAAUUGAUUCCAGUUUUCGUUUUUUAUGAAUGAAAUGUGUAUCUGAAUUAUAGUGUUAUCUGUGGAGCCACUGGUUGUACUUUUAUAGAUGGCCAUAUUUCAAAAUGCAGAUGCAAAUUUUUACAUUACUUAAUACCUGUUCAUGUGCACACUUGUAUAUUUUACAGGGCGUUACAUGAAGCCAAGCAUAUCUUGUGAAACCGUUUGGAAGUCUGCUAUUAUUGACAUAUAUGCGAGUGUAUCAAACCAUUUAAAAAGUUAAUUGCUUCUUUUUAUUAGUUUCCCUGAAUAUCAAAAGAUAAAUGUUUUGAAUACGUAGCAUUUUUACAUUUAUUACUGUCUUUAUUAUACCAAUGAGAACAGAAUCACAAUUUAGUUAAUAUCAGUUUGGUUUCAGAAUAAAGACUUGUUUUGUAUAAACAAAAUUGCUGUACUUCAAAGUGUUUGUCACCCAAAAUGACCAUAACAUGCCACACAUACAUCGAACAACGAUCAACAUUUCGUGAUUAUUGAAGAGCUCUUUCACAGCUGAUUUUCCAGAGUUAUUUGAUAUAUAUGGUUUUAAUUUGUUAAAGUGGAUGACAGUCUGACAGAAGAUCUACAGGUAUAUUUUAGUGUUAAUUCUUAGUUUUCGUUUCUCUCUGUGAAGGGAAGUUAUAGUCUGUGAUCAUGGUGCAGUUGACCAAAAAGGACACUAACCGGUUUUUAUUUCAACUGCCAGUGCAUAUGUACAGGCAGGAAUUUUUGUACAUUUACAGUGAAUACCAAAAUCAAUCCUAAAAUGUAUGGUGAUAAUUUAAAAAUCAAGGUACAAAUCAUCGCUACCAUCAGCUGAACUAGUACAAACAGAUCAUCAAGAAAAUGUGUAUUUAAAUGUUGUAAAGCUACUGAUAGUUAUCUUUUUUAGCCCUAUUUCAAUUAUUCGCCAAUGUUUAUGGUUAUGUUUAGCAUGUAAGUGCUUGUAAUUUAAUUUUUUGGGCUGGUGUUUUGGUUGCAUGAUAUUUUUAGCUGACUUAGAUGAGAUUUGUUGGCAGUUACUGAUAAAAAAAAGAGAAAAUUGUGUACUGUUAAACCUUGUAACAUAGAUGAAAACCUUGUACCAAACUAUAUGAUGUUAUUAAAAGUUAAAGUAUCUAAUACUUUGAUUUAUUAAUAAAAAUGUAAGCAUUAUCACAUGAACUCUGCUGCUGGUAUAUGAAGUACAUGUAUUAUGAAGUGUUCCAUGUGAUGAGUUGGCAGUCACCAUGGUAUGGGUGAGUACAGAAAUAUAUAUGUUAUUCGGUUAGCAUGCCCAUAACAGUAACUUGCUAUGUUGAUUUGCAUUUCUUUUAUUUUCAGUUUUAUAAUUUUGUUAUUACCACAUUUUGAUAUUUGAUGUGGUUUAUGUUUUGUGUAUUCUACAAUCAAGUUAGUAUAACUGGACAUUUGUCAUACUAAUUCAAAUCCCCAUUUUCAUUCGUACUAUGGAACGAUAAUGGGCUGCAAAUGAAUUUAAAUUUAUUUAAGUGCAAAUCAAAUUGUGGAUGGAAUAACGAUAUGUUUAUACAGCUUAGGAAAAUCAAAAACAUAUACAAAAAUAUAUAUAAUAUAAAGAUUCUCCAUACUUCAGGGAAAUAUGAAUAAAGGGAAAAAAGGUUUACACAAUACUUCAUUUGUUAAAAGAGCAACAGUUAUUCCUGUUUGUUGUGUUACAACACAGUUGACACCACUGAAACAACCUUUGUGUCCUAUUCAUGAAUUGAAGUCAUUCUAGUAAAUUGUGAAUAUUUACGAUAAUUAUGGCUGUAUGUCAACACAAAACAGGGAAAAAAAUUGUCAGAUUGCAGUUUACAACUAAACAUACAAGUCUGUCACAGUGACUCAAUUCUGCUUAGUUAAUAUGUAGACUUUCAAAUUAAAAACCAGAGGGAAUCAGAACAUAUAUUCAGGUGCUGAAAUUCCACCAAUUAGAUGUAAAUAAAUAUUUUUAUAAUCAUUUAUUGUACUCAUAUCAGCAAGUUUAUAUAAGGAAGAAAGGAGUUGAUUUGUUAUUCAAAUCUUUGUGUUGGCCUGUAUGAAAGCAUUCUUCAUAAUUCAACAUCUUUGAAGUACUGAAGGUGUGAACAUUGUUUUUUGCUGGUAUAAGUAGCCUAUUUAUGACCCAACCUGUGAGAAAUUGUGUUUUGUAAUCUGUGUCUAAAAGAACCGAAGGUGUGAAUAUUGUUUUGCUGGUAUACAUAUAGUAAUCUCUAACUGCAAUUCUGUAUCUAGACCUGUGAGAAAGUGUGUUUUGUAAUUUUGUGUCGAGAAGAAUCAAAGGUGUGAAUAUUGUUUUUGCUGGUAUAAGUAGCCUUUUUCUGACCCAGCCUGUGAGAAAGUAUGUUUGUAAUUCUGUAUGAAGAAGAACCAAAGGUGUGAAUAUUGUUUUGCUGGUAUACGUAUAGUAGUCUCUAACUGCAAUUCUGUAUCUAGACCUGUGAGAAAGUGUGUUUUGUAAUUUUGUGUCUAGAAGAACCAAAGGUGUGAAUAUUGUUUUUGCUGGUAUAAGUAGUAUACAACACACGGUCUGUGAGAAAGUGUGUUUAGUAAUUCGGUACCUAGAACAACUGAAGGUGGGAAUGUUGUUUUGUCUGUACAGUAGUCUACAACUAAUACGACCUGUGCAAAAGUGUGUUCAGUAAUUCUGUGUCUAGAAGAACUGAAGGUGUGAAUAUUGUUUUGCAUGUAUGGUAGUCUACAACUAAUACGACCAGUGUGAUAGUGUUUUGUAAUUCUGUGUCUAGAAGAACUGAAGGUGUGAAUAUUGUUUUGCCUCUAUUGUAGUCUACAACUAAUACGACCAGUGUGAUAGUGUUUUGUAAUUCUGUGUCUAGAAGAACUGAAGGUGUGAAUAUUGUUUUGCCUGUAUGGUAGUCUACAACUAAUACAACCAGUGUGAUAGUGUUUUGUAAUUCUGUGUCUAGAAGGACUGAAAGUGUGAAUAUUGUUUUGCCUGUAUGGUAGUCUACAACUAAUACGACCAGUGUGAUAGUGUUUUGUAAUUCUGUGUCUAGAAGAACUGAAGGUGUGAAUAUUGUUUUGCCUGUAUGGUAGUUUACAACUAAUACGACCAGUGUGAUAGUGUUUUGUAAUUCUGUAUUUUGCUGGUAGCCGAUAACAGAAACAAGAUUAUGAUAAACUUGCCCGUUUGAAAUGAUAACAGUAGUGCUACUAGAUAGCUGUAUUGUAGUAUGAAUUAGUUCAUAUUCCCACCGUUUUUAUAAUGCAGUGCAGCCUCUUCCGUUUAUGUCAGUGGCUGAUCACUUAACCUUAUAAAGCAUUUGAUACCAAUUUUGUGGCAAUACAGCGAUGUAUGUGAUGCUUGCCCUGUACAUACCGGUUACAUGUACAUGUAUUUGUAAUGAAUGUUUAUGUAGAGGUAUGAUAUAACAUUCAAGACAUGAAAAAUAUGGUUUGGGCCAAGUAUCGCCAGUUUUUGGUAUGAAUAUAAUAAAAAUCAUUACUCAUA